AUUUUAUAUGGUUCAAACUAAAUACAUUUAGUAUUAAAUACCGCGUUUAAGAAAUAAUAUGACAAUAGGGUUUCCAAAGCCCCUUGUUCUCCCUUUUGCUCUUAUCAUCGUCUGCCUGUUAGAGGUGUGGUAUUUUUCUAAAAUUUAAGAAUCUGUAUCUUUCCUACAUAGCAUUUGCAAGUUGUGGUUUAAAAAUGGUAUAAACUAGUAUUUUUGUCUUGCCAACUAUCCCAAAGGGCUAGUGUGAAUAAUUAAACGUUUUAUAGACAGAAUAUACGGGUAGUUCCUUAAUAUUCCUUGAUUAUUUAGGCUAGUGGCUUACAAACUGUAGCGUUCAUAACAAUCAUUGGAAAACUUAUUAAAACUCUGGUUUCUGAGCUCUAUAUCCAGAGAAUCUGAUUCAGUAGGUUGGGGUGGGGCCAUAAAUUUGCCUUUCUUACAAACUCCCACGAUAACGGUGAUGCUGCUGGGUCUUAAGAUCAUACUUGGAGAACCACUGACCUGGGGUACAGAAGAGACUUAUUUGUAACAAGGCUUCCUUUAUUUAUUUAUUUAGUGUUUCAGUAAAUAAAACUCAGGCUGAUGAGGUAUCAGAUAAAUUCCCUUAAGCCAAAACCAUUUCUUCGUAAAGUGCUACCUUAACUCCAUUGUAAGGUAAUUGUAAAUUGAAAUUUGCUUUGAGUUAGUUCCUACAGCCCCAAAUUUCAGGGCAACUAACUCCACGGAAUUCAUUCACCUGUCCUAUUUUUAGAAUUGCACUGUGUUCUGGCUUGCCAGGAGGGGCAAGGGUCGCCCUAGCCCUGCCGCUGGAGCUCAAGGCUAGGGUUACUUCUUUACUUGCAUUAUCAGAGGCAGCACGUCCAGCUUGACAAACUCUGCAGCUCCUGAUAGGGAAGCGCGUGGGCACCAAUCUAAGAGGCCAAACCCGUCCUGUUGCAGUCGGCCAACUCAACUCCAUCUGCGAGUCUUCUCCAGGGCCCCUCGUGGAGUACUGAGAGCCAAGGAGAGGCGAGAAGGAGCCCGUGCAGGUGCUCAGCGGGCAGGUUCGGAUCCGCGGGAGAUCACGCAGCGAGUCUGCGCCUGCAACCGCCGCCUCCGAGCAGUCGCGGGAUUGCCGCCUCACGGGGAGCCACUCGGCCCAAGGACCAACUCAGCUCGAGAUCUCUGUAUCUGGAGAGGCUCUGCAGGCUGGCAUUCAGGCCCGCGCGCUCACCCAUUCAUCUCAGCCUACUCCCUCGUCCUCGGGCUUGCGAAGAUGUCGGCCAAGGCCGAAGUCGGCUUAGCGAAGGAGGCUUCACGGCAGAUCCUGGCCGGGGGUUCCGCUGGUCUUGUAGAAAUUUGCCUGAUGCACCCCCUCGAUGUGGUGAAAACCAGGUUCCAAAUUCAGAGAUGUGCAACUGACCCAAACAGUUAUAAAAGCUUAGGACACAGCUUUCGAAUGAUUUUCCAAACUGAAGGGUUGUUCGGUUUUUACAAGGGAAUUCUACCACCCAUCUUGGUUGAAACACCAAAAAGAGCAGUGAAGUUUUUCACCUUUGAGCAGUAUAAGAAAUUGCUCGGAUAUGUGUCACUGUCACCAGCAUUGACAUUUGCCAUUGCUGGACUGGCAUCUGGACUCACAGAAGCCAUUGUGGUUAACCCUUUCGAGGUAGUAAAAGUUGGCUUGCAAGCCAAUCGGAACACAUUUACAGAGCAACCAUCCACUAUGAGUUAUGCAAGAUACAUCAUUAAGAAGGAAGGCUUGGGAUUCCAGGGCCUCAACAAAGGAUUUACAGCAACGUUGGGACGUCAUGGAGUUUUCAACAUGGUGUAUUUUGGCUUCUACUACAAUGUCAAAAACAUUAUUCCUGUCAAUAAGGAUCCAACCUUGGAGUUUGUGAGAAAAUUUGGGAUCGGUCUUCUCUCAGGCACAAUAGCCUCAGUCAUUAACAUCCCUUUUGAUGUUGCCAAAAGUAGGAUUCAAGGACCUCAGCCAGUUCCUGGAGAGAUCAAGUACAGAACCUGUUUUAAAACAAUGGCAACAGUCUAUCAGGAAGAAGGGAUUUUGGCUUUGUAUAAAGGCCUGCUUCCCAAGAUUAUGAGGCUUGGACCAGGUGGUGCAGUGAUGCUGCUGGUUUAUGAAUAUAGCUAUUUGUGGCUUCAGGAGAACUGGUGAUCGCCUAUGAAGUGUUUUCCCCUUGAGACAAUGGAUAUUUGCUAUACAGCAUCUUGAGAAGGCGAGACUAUCAAUCAUCUAAGCUGAUACAAUUAUAGAUUAUAAUUAUACAAUUGUACACAAUUAUAAAGGGAAAAACAGUUCAGCAACCAAACCUAUUUUGAUACUUCAAAAAUUAUCUCUAGACAAUUUGAGACAGUAGUUUUGGCCAUAUCCAUAAAACUGUGAGAAGAAAAAUAACAUGAAGCAAUGAGGUAUGAGGUGCUGAAUAUAGAAAAAUACCAUAGAAAUCAGACAUAUUUCAUAAAAGCAAUAGAAAUUUUUAGACCUAUGAUUUUCUUACAUUGCUUCACAAUGAAAAUCCACUGAUAAUUAUUUUUUUCCAAGAGGUCAAGAAAUGCUUUAAAAAAAAAAGCCAAAAUUUAAACAGUUUUUCUAAGGAAUUAAACUCUUCCAUAUAUAUUUAAAAGUCACAAACAAUAUUUUUAAAGUGCACUAAAAUGGCCUUUUAAAAAUGUUGACUUUUAUGUUAAGCUAUAAACCUGUUGGUUUUCUUCAGUAAUAAUACACAUCUCACCUAUAUUUUCCUAAAUCUACUUUACAUUUUGCACUGUUAAAACAGGUCAUACUUUAAAAUCAUGAUAUUUGAAGUCUUUUGUGACAAAAAGAAAACAUGAAAUUAUACUAACCUACUUUCCUUCACAUAGUUCCCUUUGAGAACAAGUUUUGUUGCUGAAAUAUGUUCAUGUUAAAUCACAAAUUAAAACCACUCCUUGGGCCCAUCUGUGCUGUCUAUGUUUGCCUCCAAAUAACUUUGUUCAGAACACUUUACCUAUGCCACUCUUAAAAAGAAUGUUUAGGAGCCACCGGUCGGCUCAGUUGGUUAGAGCGAGAGCUCUGAACAACAGGGUUGCCGGUUCGAUUCCCACGUGGGCCAGUGAGCUGCGCCCUCCACAACUAGAUUGAAGACAACGAGCUGCCACUGA